UGUAAGGCGACUUUCAAAUCCAUGUCGCGUUACCAAUGCUAUACCAAGCUGUCCUGCUGACAGGAAGCAUUUUAUAUAGCUUUUUCGAUUUCGUUUUUAGCACAAUUGCACUUGUCGUCAUGCCUUGGUUGUUUGGGAACAUGAUGGAUCAGUAUUGGUCGGGUUCACGUUCAAGUCUGCGCGAACCAGUACCAAGAUCUCGACCAUUAAGUAUGGCAGAGCCACCUGAGUCGUCUUUGCCUCCUAUGGUUCUGGAAAAGCUUCGCGAAUUGAACUCAGAGUUGGCCGAAGGUGAUAUAACACGAAAGGGUUAUGAGAAAAAGAAAUCCCGCUUACUGGCUCCUUAUACAUCGAAAGAGUCCCAAGUUGUAACAACCAAGACGAGUGUAUCAUCAAGUACAGUUAUAAAAGAACAAUAUUCAUCUACUCCUAUCCAUAUACAAGCUGCACUUGUGGCACAAAGCCGAGCUAAGAGCACAGAUGUGCCAUCACCAUAUAAAAGACAGUCUUUGAUGAAACAAAGCAAUCGCAGAUCAUUCGAAAAUGGACCUCCAUCAAAUGCUCAAGUUUACCGUUCCACCAGGAAAGAUUCAGUAUCGUCUCAGGAUUCCUAUAAUUUACCAGUUGCUGAUUACACCCCACCACCCUCUCCACCACUUGACAAAACAUUAACAGAAGAUUUCCCAGCCCCUCCUCCUGAAAUAAGCAAUGUUCGUUACAGUCAAGACAGCUCAGGGAGUGUAACAGUUAUCACGGGUCCUCCUGAUGUUACCAGGAAAGCCUCAGAUACUAAAGCUCCAACCAGAGUAGCUCAUGUUCAGUCUCUGAGAAUUGCAGAUGAAGGAAGUGAAGCAGCAGUUGCCACAAGCAGAGUUUCAUCAAAGAUUCAACAACUAUUAAACACAUUAAAGCGGCCAAAAAAGAAGCCAUUAGAAAACUUUUAUAAGGAUGAUGAUGAUGACUUAUUAGAAGCAACAAAAGUAGACCCAAAUGCUCCCAAACCAGAAGGUCAAGUAUUAAAACCAGUGGUUGGAGAACAACUUGAGGUUGCAAGUGAAGUUCCACGAUGUUUAGAAGAAGCUGUAAUGAAGUAUGGAUCAAAUACAGCUAAACAGCCAUGUUGUAGUGUUAUUGAUAGCCAUGGAAAGACAUCUGCUGUAUUAACAUAUGGUAAACUGAUGUCAAGGUCCAUGAAAGUUGCAUUUGCAUUGCUAAAUAAAGUUGGUAGUCAUAAAGAGGGAACGUCAAUCAUGGGUGGUGAUAGGGUUGCUCUUGUCUAUCAAGUAGAUGACCCUAUUGGAUUUAUAACAAGUUUCUAUGGGUGUCUACUUGCUGGUGUUAUUCCUGUACCUAUAGAACCUCCAUCGGCAAAAGAUUAUCCUGGAUGUCAACAGAUAGGGUUCCUAUUAGGAAGCUGUGGAGUGUCAUGGGCUCUGACAACUGAAGCUUGUCUUAAAAGCCUUCCUAAAUAUGAUUCAGGGCAUGUUUGUAACUUCAAAGGUUGGCCUAAAGUACAAUGGUUCAUAACAGAAAACCUUGGUAGACCAACACCAAAAGACUGGCAACCACCAACCAAUCUGGACAGGAGUUCUCCUGCAUACAUAGAAUCAGUGCUUGGUAAAGAUGGUGCUGUCUUGGGAGUGACUGUUACUAGAAUGAGCAUGGCUUUGCACAGUCAGACACUGACACAGGCUUGUGAUUAUUCUGAAGGUGAAAUCAUGAUAAGUGUUCUUGACCCAAAACGAGAAGUUGGAUUAUGGCAUUCUGUUAUGGCUUCUGUGCUGAAUGGAAUGCAUGUCAUCUAUGUUCCACCAUCAAUUCUCAAGAAUUCCCCAGCAAUGUGGCUUCAAAUGGUCACCAAAUACAGAGCAACCUGUGCUCUGGUGAGUUCUCGUGACCUGCACUGGUCCUUACAUGCCAGUAAAGAUGUCAAGGAUAUCAAUCUUUCUUCAAUCAGGAUGUUAUUAUUGGCUGACAGGGCUAAUCCAUGGUCCUUAUCUGCCUGUGAUGCUUUCCUCAAUGCAUUUGAGAGCAAAGGCCUAAUCCCAGAGUCACUUUGUCCAUGUGCAAGUUCUUCAGAAACAAUGACUGUCUCCUUGAGAAGACCUUGCAAGCCAGGUUCAACAGCAACUGGUCGUGGUGUGCUGUCUCUGUCAGGGCUAAGUCAUGGUGUUGUGCGGGUAGACAAGGAGGGUUCUCUGACUUCACUGACUCUUCAGGAUUGUGGUACUGUCUUGCCUGGAGCUCGCAUUGCUGUGAUAAAGCUGGAAGGUUCUCCUUGUCUGUGUAAAAGUGAUGAGGUGGGGGAGCUAUGUAUAUCAAGUGGUUCUACAGGGAGUGCCUACUGGGGGCUUGCUGGAAAAACAAACCACACAUAUAAGGUGCAACCACAUACUGAAGAUGGUAUACCUAUCGAUCCUUACAUGCAACAUGGUGACUUUGUGAGAACUGGUCUUCUUGGUUUCAUGGGUCCAGGUGGUCUUGUGUUUGUAUGUGGUACAGUAGAUGGUCUUCUCAAGGUCGGUGGCAGAAGACAUAACUGUGAUGAUCUAAAGGCUACAAUACUUGCUGUGGAUCCAAUCAAGUUUGUAUACAGAGGGCGAAUUGCUAUAUUCUCUAUCCAUGUUCUCAAGGAUGAUAGGAUAGUCGUGGUGGCUGAACAGAGACCAAACUGCACUGAAGAAGAGAGUUUCCAAUGGAUGAGUCACGUGUUACCUGCAGUCGACAGCAUCCACAACGUUGGUGUUUAUUGUCUUUGUUUAGUGGCUCCUGGAGGAUUACCCAAGACGACAUCGGGUUCUGUACACAUCCAUGAGACAACUCAGAAGUUCCUAGAUGGAUCACUUCAUCCUGUUAAUAUUCUGAUGUGCCCACAUACAUGUGUGACUAAUUUACCACAGCCCAGGCAGAAACAUCCAGAACCGGGUCCUGCAGCGACUAUGGUGGGUAACAUCGUGAUGGGUACAAGAAUAGGAGGCGCAGCAGGAAGAGAGAUUGCUGAUACAGGAGAAGAAACAGAUUUGGCAAGAAAGUAUCAAUUUUUGUCUGAGAUUCUUAAAUGGCGGGCCCAAGCCUCACCAGAUCACGUGCUCUACACAUCUCUUAACUCAAAGGGAACCGUCUCUGCUACUUUGUCGAUCAUUCAGCUGCACAAGAGAGCAGAACGACUCGCACAGUUUGCCCUCGAAAGCGGGAAACUGACUUCAGGUGACAUAGUGGCCCUACUCUACCCUCCUGGUGUUGACUUCAUAGUGGCUGUCUUCGGGUGUAUGUAUGCUGGUUUGAUCCCAGUGCCCGUGCGUCCACCGCAUGCAAAUAACGUCUCGUCCACCCUCCCCACCGUAAAAAUGGUAACAGACGUCAGUAAGGCUCGAGCCGUAAUGACUCUUAACUCCAUCGCUAAGAUCUUUAAGAGCAAGGAAGCGAUUGCUGUAGUCGAUUAUAAAUCGUGGCCAUCAAUUAUAUCCACGGAUGACGUGCCGAAGAAAAAGCUGGCUAAUCAUUACCGCUGGCCAACGCCCGAGAUGAUUGCUUAUCUGGAUUUUAGCGUAUCAACAACUGGGAUGCUAUCGGGUGUCAAGAUGUCCCAUGCUUCUGUUACUGCAUUAUGUCGGUCCAUGAAACUCGCCUGUGAGCUGUACCCAUCACGUGACAUUGCUAUCUGUCUGGACCCAUACUGUGGACUUGGCUUUGCUCUCUGGUGCCUGAUAGGGGUAUAUUCUGGUCAUCAUACGAUCCUUAUUCCACCUGGAGAUCUCGAGACAAACCCAGCUUUAUGGCUUUCAGCAGUGGCACAAAAUAAAGUUCGAGAUACCUUCUGUUCGUAUCCCGUAAUGGAUCUGUGUACGAAAGGGCUCGGCCAAGCUAUUCCUACCCUCAAGGCUAAAGGGAUCAAUCUGACCUGUGUGCGUAACUGUGUGGUAGUAGCAGAAGAAAGACCUAGGAUCACCUUGACUACAGCUUUUUGUCAUCUAUUCUCUGGUCUUGGUUUAUCACCACGAGCUGUCAGUACCUCGUUCGGAUGUCGAGUGAACGUGGCUAUUUGUACACAGGGUGCGUCGACUCCAGAAGCUACUAACGUCUACGUGGAUACACGUGCUUUAAGGAACGACCGUGUGACCAUAGUAGAGAGAGGAAGCCCUAAUAGUGUUUGUUUACUGGAAUCAGGCAAGAUUUUACCAGGGGUAAAAGUUGUCAUUGCAAACCCAGAAACACGUGGAAUGUGCGCUGACUCACACCUUGGCGAGAUCUGGGUGAACAGCCCUCAUAAUGGCGCAGGGUACUACACAGCUGGUGAUGAUAAGCAGCUAGACGAGCGAUUUAACGCACAUAUGACGACAAGUGACCAAAACACUGCGUAUGCCAGGACAGGCUACCUUGGUUUUAUUAAGAGAACGGACUUUACACAAACUGACGGAGCUCGCCAUGAUGCUUUAUUUGUGGUUGGGUCCCUGGAAGAGACCAUGAUGCUUCGAGGCAUGAGAUACCACCCUAUUGACAUCGAGAACACUGUUAUUCGAUGCCACAAACACAUCUGUGAAUCGGCUGUGUUUACAUGGACUAAUCUACUGGUUGUAGUAGUAGAACUAGACGCUGACGAAAGCAGGGCUCUCGACGUAGUCCCCCUCGUAACCUCAGCAGUCCUAGACGAGCACCAACUGAUCGUGGGCGUGGUCGUGGUGGUCGACCCAGGGAUCGUACCUAUUAACUCUCGAGGCGAAAAGCAACGAAUGCACUUAAGGGAUGGCUUCUUAGCAGACCAAUUGGACCCGAUUUACGUGGCUUAUAAUAUGUGA